UCAAUUCUUAUUAAUCAUCUGGUUCUCUUCUUAGCCAAAAUAUAAAUAAAUAAAAGAUGAAAAUUUUGCUUUGCCUAGUAAUGUUCUUUCUCCUCGUCAACGGUUUUGCGACCGCACAAAAUCUCAUUCAAGAUUCUUGCAAGAAAGCUGCAGCUUCAAACCCCAAAAUCAAACUUGAUUUCUGCGUCAAGACCCUUGAAGGUAACCCGCAGAGCAAGGGCGCGAAAAGCCUGGCCGACUUGGUCAUGGCCUCGACCAAGAACGCUGCCACCAAAACGACCAGCUUGAAAGCAAUGGCUGACAAGAUUCUCUCGGGGAAGAAGUUCGCAAAGGACAGUGAGAUGCCGCUACGCGACUGCCUUGAGCUUUAUACAGACGCUACUGCUUCCUUGAACGAAGCUAUGACGAGCGUUAAAUCGCGUAAAAACAAAACCGCCAAGGUGGGUAUGAGUGCUGCAAUGGAUGCGCCUAGCACUUGCGAAACUGGUUUCAAAGAAAGAAAAACGCCUCAGAAGUCACCGUUUACGAAAGACAACGAUGUGUUGACUCAGACUAUUUCUAUUUGUUUAGCUCUUACAACAAUGUUGAAAUGAAAAUAUACUAAAAGUGUAAUCAAAACAUGGAUUAAGGAGAAAUAAUAUUUGAUAAUUUACCUCAAGAGGAAUAGUAUAAGCAAUGUUCAUAACCUCUUCAACCGAGAGUUAUCUGCAUAUAUUAAAGAUCAGAGAAGCCUUUAAAUAAACCAAAAUCUUCUGAGAUUGAAUACCAAUGUUGAAAUAUUUGGUGCUUUUUACAAUACUGUCCGGUAUCUAAGUGUGUUCCAUCCGGUUAACUAAUCCAAACCAAACCCAAAAAAGCAUAGCCAACUCAAUUUCUUGAAAAAUCAUUUUUAACAAUUUAUUAGUUUUGUAAGCAGAAUGAAUCCAAAACUGAUACUAAAAACGAUAUGUAACCACAGCGAACAAUACUAUUUCACAAACCACAAACAAACCGGUUUAGAGAGACCUAUCAAGUUAGAAGCUUCACAAAGGAGUGAAAAAUGGUAAUAGUUAUGUUUUCUUACAUGUGUGCAAUGUGAAGCCCAUCGUCAUUAUCUUCAUCUUAUUCUUCUUGAAUCUUCUCCUCCUCGUCAUCAUCAUCGUUGCAGUUGCGGUUGCAGUAACUAGAUGAUGAACCAAACAAGAAAGGUUGAUCCUUUAGAAUCGAAACCUGAUCCAUGUUAAUUAGCAUUUCUUUUAUAGUUCCAAACCAACUUAGAUGUGUAAUCCUGAGGCGACACCAGUCCACUCUCUCUGAUAAAUCUCUUCUGCUCUUCUAACGUUUUUGGCUCAUUAAGCGUCAAGUACUCCAUCAGAAACUUCUCAUGCUCAGGUCUCUGGUUAGCCGGCGAGUAAUCAGUCUCCGGAACAAGAGACAUUCUUGUGUAAACAAGCCCAUCAAUAGACUCAGGAAGUUAUACUCAGGUGACAAACCUUUCUUCUCCUACAAAGGACGGCUCAAGUUCCUAGAAGCUCCUUUAUACACUUUGGCUCGUGAUCUUAGCUUUAUACUUUGCAGCGUAAAGCAAGCAAGCGAGCCACGGACAAUGUAAGAGCAGAAAUUCACAAAUCCGCAAACCGAUACCACUCACCAACUGUAGUCAGAAACUUAAUCAUCUGUACGUUGGUAUGAGCUUGUUGAUCAAACCACAUCGGUUAUCAAGACAUUAGAAGAAGGAAAUAAGCACUUUUUGGAGCAAUUAAAGAAAGUGAAUUAAGACAACAUAAGACAACAUGAUUUGGAGAUUCAAAGUAAAAAUUUUGCUUCAAAAGAGACGAAAGAAAGAAAACAAAUUUUAUUUUGUGACCUAAAUUCCAUAGGAGAUCCAAAUGUUUGUGAGUAUUUCGAAGCAAAAAAAGCACAGAUUUUAUAAAAGUGCGGUCACCAGCAACAAAAUCAACAAACUCCUCCAUCCACUCUGUUUGGACAAUAUUUUAAUGAUCUUUGUGGAUCCAAAAGUAAUUUACUGGAUUACUAAGUUGUUACAAUAUGUUGUAUUAAUUAAUAUUAUGUUCAACUUUAAUUUGUUAUCUAGAUGUAAAAUCUACGUGCAACUUUUAAAAAUUAAUUUAUAAUUAAUAAUUUUGUUUUAAAUAUUAAAUUAAAAAUAUCAUUUGUUUAGUAAAAAAGUUUGAAUUUCAGUAAAAUAAUAAUAUUUUUUUAUUAUUUUAAGUAAAAUUGUAAAAAUCAAAAUUUAUUACGUAAUAAUAAAACUGUGUGUUUUAUAUGUUAAAAAUUGUAUUUCUACAUAAAUAUGUAAUAUGUAUUUUACAUAUAAUCUCAAAAAGUGAAAGGACUACUUUGUAAAUAAAAAAAAAAUGCAUCUAUUAUAUAGGAUUGCUAUUUUUUUCCUCUAAAAAUAGAGACAAAUUUUAGAGGAGAAAUAGAGGUAGGUUUGAGUAGAUUUUACUCUAGUAUAGCAUAUAGAGUCAAAAAUAGUAUAGAGUUGAAGAUGCUCUUAGUGAAAACAAAUUGUUAUGAUUUUUGGCUCUUCAUGUUAGUUAACAACUAAUGUUGUAUAAGACCAAAAAUUUAAAGGGAAAACUAGAUUCUGACCCGCCCUUUGAAAGGGCGGGUAUACUUUUUGUUUUUAUUUUUUUCUUUGAAAUUUAAUUUUUGUAUAUAUUUUUUUGUCAACAUAUUUAUGUUAUUCUUUGUAAUUAUAUUUGUGUAUAAAUUUUAAUCAAAAAAUAUUUUAUAAGAUAAUAGAAAACUAAAAAGUUGACCCGGCAUAUUCCAUGUUCCUUAUAAUCAUAUGUUUGUAUUCCUUUUUUUAUAAUCAUAUUUGUUUAUUCUAGAUUUUUACCCUUCAAGAUAAUGUUACUUUAUAAUUUAUUUAUUUUUUUGUAAAUAUGUAACAUUUUUUAUAUGUAAAAUUUUUUUAUAUGUUUGUGUAUAAUAUUUUUAAAAAUUAUUAGUAUUAAAACAGUCCUAGUAUAUUAAAAUAUUCUUAAAACGAUUAAGUAUCUAAAUUAGUCCAUUUAAUCUUGGGGAAUUGCCACUAAUACCACUUUCCUAAUACCACUUUUCAACUUUACACUUUUCAAAUUUACCAUUAAAAUUUUAAUGGCUAAAGUAACAUAAUAUCCCUCAUUUCAUUAAUUUAACCUAGAUAUAUUCUUCUCCAAAUGUCUGUCACGAGAUGAAACUGAGAUCAAAUUGAGACGAGCUCCAACGAGAUCUCCGGCAAACUCGGCGAUCUCCGGCGAAUUCGGCGAUCUCCGGCGAACUUGGCGAUCUCCGGUGAACUCGACGAUCUCCGACGAACUCGACCGGAUUGGGAGAGCGUGGUGGCGAGUGGACAUCCCGCCGUUCCUCCGCCGGCAUUAUGUAGUCGUAGUAAUCCUCCGAUGCUAAAUCGGUCACGUUCGUCACGAAUCGCAUGCCGAGAAGUUCUCCGGCAAAGCUGACAGACUCGACAAGCUCAGACGAACGAGACGAUCUCUCAACGCCUAAGAAACACUAACAAAGGUAAGAUGAUAGUAUAUGGUGAUUUUUGCCUCGUUCUGUAAUCUUAGCUUGAUUUAUCAAAAUCGAUAUGUUUCUAAGAAAGAAGACGAAGUUUUUCAAGUGAAGUUUUCAGAUCUCAAAUUUAUAAGAUCUUAUAAAUUGGGUCAUUUCAAAUCUUACUGUUGAUCUGUUAGCAACCAAAAGACACAAAGCUUAACGUAAGAGUACAAUUAUUGAUUUUGUUGAUUUAUUGUCAUAGUUUUCAGAUUUAUAUAAUUAUUUAAUUCAUGAGAAGGUACUAACCUAAGAGUAUAAUUAUUCUAUGAUUACUUCUUCUCUUGGUUGAUUUGGUGAUGUUGCAGAGAAUUACAAAUGUGUGUUGUCAGCUUUUGGAUUUAAAGGAUGUUGUGGAGAAUAUGUGUGGUGAUAUGCAUAUCUAAGUAUCUCACUUCCUUAAGGUAAUACAAUGCUACUAUUUGUAGUUUGACUAGCAAUGUUUUAGUAUGUGCAGUAUAUGAGGUGGAACGUUGGUGUUUUGGUAGUGUAACGUUCUAUUUAUACUUUGUGAGUUUAUUUUUUAUGUCUUGUUUUGUGUAUAAUAUCUACAGAAGCAGUGGAGAUGAAUGAUGAGUUUGUUGAGUUACGAAAGCAUACUAUUUUUGAAUCUUAUUUUUGGAAGUGAAUGCUGAUGCGUAGAAAUAAUAUGUGACUGGCUUUUGUUCAGAUUUUGAAAAUUUACGAGGUUGGUGAGCUGUUUGAAGAGGCAAGAGAGACUCUGAAGAAGAAUGUGGUUUGUGCUAUCAAAGAAUUACGUAUUUAUAACGCUUUAUAAAAGUUGCAGAGUUGGCUUCUUAGUACAUUCUUCUCUCUCAUCUUAUUUAGACAUCUCUUAUACUAAAACAAUUGUAUCUCUCUUUUAGUAGUUACAUAGUUGAA